CGGGAAAAACGAACGCAGCUAUGUGGAUCGCCUAAAAUCGCGGGAAACGCGUCCUCUCUUCUAGAGGCCCGUGAGGUUCGCCCGUAAUUCCAUAUUAUUAACAGUUGCAGCGACUUGACUGGUGACAAGCAGGUUCGCGUGAAUGCUGGUGCCGUGUAGAAGUUAGUGUGGGGCUUUGGCUGAGGCAGAUUAAGUUAUUGGUGAAAGAGAAGGUAACCCUCGAAAAUCAGAGCGUUUGGAUUUGGAAAGUGUAAAGAUGAUUUACUAAUCGCUGCGUUAUGAGUACCAUCAACACAAGCACUAGCAAGGCAUCUACGCCAACUAGCCAUGCUCAGACAGAGACUGAAGAGCAAACCAAGGUUGCAGGCGAGGAUGCGUGUGAUAGUCAAGAGAGCUCGUAUGAUAAUAAUUGCCCUGAUAGCCAACUUGGUAGAAGCCGUUAUGGCAGAAAAAUUAAGCUCAAAUCUAUCAAUAUUGCUAAUUCGCCACAAAAUUCAACAAUGCCAAAGACACGUAGACAUCAAAACUCCACUGAUAAUAAUAAUGAAAAUAUACAUGAAAAUAAUGUAGGUAACACAGCAGAUGAAGCUAAUGACACUUCCACAAAUCCAAACAAAACAGAAGAGAACUUACCUUCGAGAACAAUUAGUCCUAUGGAGUGCAACUGGGUUGCAGGCCAUUUAGCAUGGGCUAGAGUUGGAAAUUUUCCAUUUUGGCCUUGUGUUGUAACACCUGAUCCAAAUUCAAUGAUAUAUUACAAAUUUAUAGCCAGGCGCAGAUCACAUAUAUUAAUGAUACAUGUUCAAUAUUUUGGUGACAGAGGACGUCACAGUUGGGUUUCUUCAAACUGUAUGAUGGAAUUUACAAGUCUUGCUGACUUUAAAAAAGUAGCAGAAUUAGCAAUAUUAGAUUCAAAAAAGAAAGCCCCUAAAUAUGUUGCAGCUUUUACUGUAAAACAAGGGAUCAAAUCGAAAUGGGAAAGUGCUGUCGAGGAAGCUUUAGAGGUAAAAUCAAUGACGAUUGAAGAGAGAGCUAAAACUUUCGCUCCAAAAGUUAAAGCCUCGAAAUCUACAAGUUCAAAAUCAUCUACCGUUGAUGAAAAGAGUAAGAAUAAUAAGAGAAAAAACUCGAACGAUCAAGAUGUCCCUGAUUCGAAACGCAUCAAGCACGAUAAUACGGAAAAGUCGCCGCGCAAAUCGGAAGGAACAAAAUUGAAAAGCUCACGAUUUAUUGUAAAUGGUAAAUAUGAUGCAAAACUAACUUCAGACGGUAGAUCUUCGUCUCCUUCGAGUCACAGAUCUCAAAACGACAAUUCCUCCAAUACAAAAGUUGAUAGAAACGAGGAGGAAGAAGAUGGUGUGUUCGAAAUUUAUUAUGAACGGAACAGAGAUAUGUUAGAGGACGAAUAUCCUGAUGCAUCAGAACAUGACAUUAAAAAGUAUUUACGAAAUACUUGGGACAACAUGGACCCGGCAUUCCGGAAAAAGUAUCGGUCGUACAUGACACGUGACAAUAGCGAACAUUCGAAAGAAAGUUCUUCAGAUCAUGACGAUCAUGACGAAGCAUCCGUAUGUACUGAUACGAGCGUGAAAGAGAGUAAAAAGACAAAAAAUAAGGUUGACAAAGAUGAGAGUUUAAUCUUAGAAACAAAACGAGCUAAACCGCAAAAUCUCUUUAAAGGUAUGAAACAGGAAAAGGUUUGUCAGAUUUGCGAAAAGACAGGCAAGCUAACGAGGUGUAAAGGGCCUUGUUAUUCUUAUUUUCAUUUGCCCUGUGUAAAACCUGGUGAAUCUAGUCCAGAGCAUUCUGUAGACGAUAAUACAUCGGAAGAUAAAAUAAUCGACGACGUAAACGUAAUUAAGAGAAGCAUCAAUGAUAGAGACGAUAAUGUUAAAAAUGAGGAACAAGAGGACGAGAUGUUCAAGUGUAUCGAUUGUCUGUCUGGAGUAGCGCCUGCUUGUUUUAUAUGCAACGAGAGGGAGGGUGACAGAAUAAGAUGUUCAGUAAUGGCUUGCGGAAAACAUUAUCAUUCCAUGUGUCUAAAAUCAUGGCCUCAGUCGCAUUGGCAAGGUGGACGUUUGACCUGUCCGUAUCACUUGUGUCAUACGUGCAGCUCAGAUAAUCCACAAGACAGUCACUCGCGCGCACCAAAUGAGAAAAUGGCAAAAUGUGUCCGUUGCCCAUCAUCUUAUCAUACAUCCACAUUGUGUUUACCAGCUGGCUCAGUGAUUUUGACUGGUAGUCAGAUUGUAUGCCCGAAGCACUACAAGGCGCAUCAUCCUCCAUUAAAUGCAGCAUGGUGCUUCUUAUGUACUCGCGGUGGUAGUCUUAUAUGCUGCGACACAUGUCCAACUUCGUUUCACUUAGAAUGCCUCGGUAUAGAUGCACCUGAUGGUGCAUUCUUCUGCGAAGAUUGCGAGACGGGAAGAUUACCUUUAUAUGGGGAAAUUGUAUGGGUAAAAUUAGGUAGUUACCGAUGGUGGCCAGCUCGUAUAUGUUAUCCGGUAGAAGUACCUGAUAAAGUAGAGGCCAUUCCACAUAGAGCUGGUACUUUUUGUGUAAUGUUUUUGGGAUCUUAUGAUUAUUAUUGGGUACACAGAGGCCGAGCUUUUUUAUAUCAAGACGGUGAUGCAAAUAUGACACCGGCUAUAGGUAAAAAGUCUUUUACAGAUAUAUAUCGGAAAGCUUUAGAAGAGGCUAACGAAAUACAUCAACAAUUAAAAGAGAAACGGUCUGCGACAAAAGAGCCAAAAGGAUUGAAGCCACCACCUUAUGUAAAAUUAAAAGUCAAUAAACCUGUUGGUAACGUCAAACCAGCAGAAGUCGAAAGUAUCGUUGCGUGUGAAUGCGAUCCGGCCUGGGACGAUCCUUGCGCACCAGGAACAGAUUGCUUGAAUCGCAUACUAUUGGUUGAAUGUAGCCCUGGUAUUUGUCCGGCUGGGUCCAAGUGCAACAAUCAGUCAUUUGUGUUGCGAAAAUAUCCAGCGAUGGAACCAUUCCAUACCACCGGUCGUGGUUGGGGUUUAAAAUCUCUGGAAGAUAUCAAGGCAGGACAAUUUGUGAUCGAGUAUGUGGGUGAGGUUAUUGACGAGGCAGAAUACAAGCACAGGUUGCAUAGAAAAAAGGAACUGAAAAAUGAGAACUUUUACUUCCUAACAAUUGAUAAUAACAGAACGAUUGACGCAGAGCCGAAAGGGAAUUUGAGUCGGUUUAUGAAUCAUUCAUGUGCACCGAACUGUGAAACACAGAAAUGGACGGUAAACGGCGACACACGCAUCGGAUUAUUUGCGUUACGUGACAUAGAAUCCGGAGAGGAGCUGACAUUUAAUUAUAAUUUAGCGUCCGACGGAGAAACUCGGAAAGCGUGCCUCUGCGGCGCGUCGAACUGUAGCGGAUUCAUUGGUUUGAAGGCACAGAAACAGCAAUUGCCAGCGAUGCAGCCAGCUGUGCAACCAAAAUCAACUCCACAACCAAAGAAAGUCGAAAAGACUCUCGAAAAGACUCUCUUACAUAGAAAGCUAGAAAAACGACACAAAAGAUCGAUAAAGUAUAUGUGUUGGCAGUGCGGGCAAGCAAUAUCAAGUUCGAGCGAACUGUUAAUCUGCCAACAAAGAACGUGUAAAAAAAAGUAUCACAGGACAUGUGUAACCUUCGAUGGCGUGGAAUCGAAAUUCAGUUGUCCCUGGCAUUACUGUUUAGAGUGCGGUCGUCGAACAUCAGCACAUUGUUCAUUCUGUAGCACUGCCUUUUGCCAAGUUCAUCUCGAUGGAAACUUGUUCGAACAUAGCGAAAAGAGUGGCGUGGUGUGUAAAUUGCAUGUAAAUGCGGAUGUACAGAAAUCUGUCGAGGGCGAGAAAGAAUAUUCGGAUAAUGAUAACGAUAACGAAACCGACAGAGAGUAUUCUUCCACGAGUUCAAGCUCCAAUAGUUCGAUUGUGAUGGAAAAAAUUACUACGCGAGAACCAUUACCAAGAGUUGCUAUCGUAGAGGUUCAUCUAAGCAGCGAAGAAAGUGAAGAAUCUCAAAUGGAGGAAGAAGAAAACAAUCUUGAGACUAGUUUUACAUCGUAUGAUAAAAAUUCAAUGGCAACGAAGAAAAAGACAUUUCAUCGUUUGUCUUUUAAAUUGCAGAAGAAAGAAAGUCAGGCAGAGGAAUUAAAUAAUCUUACAUCUAGUCAAUUGGAAGCUAUAAUUGGCGGUAGUUUGUAUGAAUAAACACUCCAUCACUAUAUAAUAAAUAACAUAUUUACACAUUAUAUAAAUAUAUAACAUAAAUAUUUCACAAUAUUUUGCAAUAUGCCUUUCUGUGACUUCUUUAAUAUAUGUUAUGUACCUAUUAAUCUCAAAAAUAAUUUGAAAAACAAAAUUGACAUUUGAACUUUUAAGUUGCAAGUAUUUAUUAUCAUAAGAAUAUUACAUGGUAACUAGUGCCUUGAUAAGACAAAAUAAGAAAACUUCUAAGUUCGAUUAUAUUUAUGUAUUAUAGAUUUCAUGUAUGUGAUAUAUUAUUCCUGGAAUUUUAUCGUCUAUUUAUUUAUAUCUAUUUAAGUAUAAUAUAAAUGCGUCAGAGCGAUGCACUGUAGGAUGCAUUGAAUUUAUAUUACUUCUGUAUCAAUUAUCUUAUAAACCGAGUUAAGCAAUAAACUAUCUUCACUGCCUUACAUUCGGGAAAAGCUUUAUUGAGCAGAAAUAAUAAGAUGUAAACAAUUAUGCUAUACAUAUUUUUCAAAUUUUACUUAGUAAGUUUAAAUUUUGAAAUUUAAACUUUAAAGUUUAAAAUUUGAGAUUUAAACUUUUUAAUUUUUUCCAUAAUAAAGCGCUUGUAGUGAAACAUCGUAGUAGAAGUCGUGUACAAAAUAAGUUCUGUAGCAUUAAAUUGAUAUAUAUAAACUGCGAAUGACGAACACAAAUAGUUAAUAAUUAUGCCACAAUCAUAUAAAUAUUUAAGAAAUCACAUGUACAUAUAAUGUACACAAAAUUAUUUGUAAAAAAUAAAAACUUCAGAAAAAAUCAAGUCGAAAUUCGAAAUUUAAAGAUGUGUAUGUAUAUGUAUACACACACACACACACAUUAUAUAUAUAUUAAUGCCGAAAUUUUUAUUAUGUAUACAUAUAUGUAAUUGUAAAGUACUUCCAGGUAUAAACAGGGAUAAAAAUUACAUAAAAUUA